AUGGGCACGUGUUGUGUGUCGGUCCGUAUCCUCGUCAUCUUUCUUCCCUUUCUCUUGAUCUUGCUGCGACCCGCCUGCCGACCAACUAAGCCAGAAGAACACUCUGUCUACUGCUCUAAAAACUACUUUGCCGCCGGCAUUGAAGGCCAGGGCGUGCCACACUGGAAGCGGCUCUGCGCGCUGCAUCCCCCGCCCGACCUGACCCAGCACGAGAGACAGCAACCGCAGUGCGGCCCUGAGCUUCUCGCACACUCUUCAACGAAUCACUUUGAUGAUCCCUGUCCUCCGCCCAGAAUGGUUUUCGGUGCCUCCCCCAAAUCACUCCAACGCUGCAAAGGAAACUCAACUCUUCCUAUUGCUUCGGUCUCUGGUGGUUUCUCUAUAAAUCCCGCUUCCGCCCUCUACCGUGACACCAUCCGACAUCGUUCUUUGCCUGUCGCAGGUCGAGCCAGCACUACCAAUACAACCCCUGGAGAAGAUAUCGUUAUGUCAUCCACCGCUGCCAAUCAAGGCUCUGACAACUUAUUACGGAGUCGACUCUAUCACCACCUGGCAAUACUGGCCCAACCUGUGCAUAGUUCUUCUUCUUUCUUUCUGUCUCCUCUCCCGUGCUUUUCUCCCGUGGUGCUGGGCUCCUCGAAUAUCAGCCAGGCUGACGUUGAGGCUUGUAGGAAUACCACUCCGCGCGCGCCAGUAUUACCUGCACAAGAAACACAGGAUGGCCAUUCCCGCCUCCACGCCUUCGAGUCGGACGAUCAACUUGAUUCCCACAGCAUUCAUCGCACCGGAUCGGUCGAGCGAAAGAAAAGCCGCACUCAGCGUGUGAAUACUGUCAUCGCGGCGGUCGACCGGCUUAUCCCCAGCAAGGUCAACGGCGCGCCCGCUCAAGGACAACGUACCAACCACGACCAGAACACGGACCUUCGAGGGGCCGGCGCACAAUUCUCGGAUGUACUCGACAAUUCCGACAAUAAUAGCCAGUGA